AUGUUAGCUUUAAAUGUUAUUGUUAAGAGGAAUGAUUGGAAUGCAGUUAUCUUCCACGCCUAUCUCCUCUUGUGCUUCGCUUAUUUUCAGCGAGAAUUCCUCUCCACUUUUCCCCUCUUCGAUUGUGUUGGUGGCGGAAUGACCGAUAAGUCCGUGCUCUGGCGUUUUCUCCUACUGGGCCAGUGUACUUCCCAGCUGCAACCCUCCAUUAGACCAUUGCUCGAAAAACAAGUUCUAGAGCGAGUCAGCUACCUUCUGCGCUCCCGUUCAGCUUUAACCUCACCCAAUGCAGCUACUGACUGGCUACUUGAUGUCGUGAGUGCAUAA